AGACAGAAAAAUGGCAUUUGACUUUGACGCAUCUUUGACGUUUAACUUUAAAGGAAGAAAAUAGAAAAUUCUGGGCUUGCAAUUUUCUUCAAAAUAAAAAUAUUUAUUUAGAUAAAUACAAAAAUGGCAAAACCUUCUGGAUACGAUUCUCACAGUGAAGGACCAGGUUUUGUAGGCAUAAGAUUUUGCCAAGAAUGUAAUAAUAUGUUAUAUCCAAAGGAGGACAAAGAAAACAAAAUCCUUUUAUACGCCUGUCGAAAUUGUGACUACAAGCAACACGCAGAUUCAAAAUGUAUUUAUGUCAACAAAAUUAUGCACGAAAUCGAUGAACUGACCCAUAUAGUGGCAGAUGUAAUAUCUGAUCCCACAUUACCGAGAACAGAAGACCAUCAGUGUCCAGAAUGUAAUCAUAGGGAAGCCGUAUUUUUCCAAGCACAAACAAGAAGAGCUGAAGAAGAAAUGAGACUGUAUUAUGUCUGUACAAAUCCGCACUGUGCCCACAGAUGGACAGAAUGAACAAUUUACGAUUACAGGACACAUUCAAUCUUUUAAUAUUUUUUGUAACUAGAUCUUAAGGAAAUAUAGUUUAUUUGCAGAGA